AGUUCAGUCGAGAACAGCUGUUAUUUUUCAUCAUUUCUCGAAACGGUGGCUUUUAACUGUGGGGGGCCUUUUGUUCAGCUGAAAAACAGCUAGUGGGUUUCCUUUUAUCGGAGUACAUUAUCCUCCAUGCAUUUGUUUUGAGUGAAUGGGUUGCGUCCUCGGUAAGCAAUCACAGUCGUCUUCGUCGGAUAUCCGGCAUAGUAGAAACACUCAAGCACCACCACGUAAUUUACGUCGCCGACGGAGCUCUGACGAGUCAUCAUUGGUUGUGUCAGUCAACGAUUCCGUUGACGGGGUCGUGGCUGUCAAAGAGAAGAGGGGAGAAAGGCAACAGCAGCGCAAAGCUGGACAUACCGGUGAUUUCCAGGUUAUGGUUCCGUCGCCGGAUAAACGUCGGAUGAUACCGGAAACGGACACGAACGGGUGGCCUUCGUGGUUGAUGGCCGUCGCCGGUGAAGCCAUCAGUGAUUUGACUCCGAGACGUGCCAACACCUUCCAGAAGCUGGACAAGAUUGGGCAAGGGACUUAUAGCAAUGUGUACAAAGCGAGGGAUCUACUAACAGGCAAAAUAGUGGCAUUGAAGAAGGUUAGGUUUGACAAUUUGGAGCCAGAGAGUGUAGAGUUCAUGGCUAGGGAGAUUCUUGUUUUAAGAAAGCUUGACCAUCCCAAUGUGAUCAAGCUUGAAGGUUUAGUUACUUCAAGAAUGUCUUGUAGUCUUUACUUGGUUUUUGAAUACAUGGAGCAUGAUCUCGCUGGCCUAGCUGCCUGCCAAGAAAUCAACUUCACUGAGCCUCAGGUCAAAUGCUAUAUGAAACAGUUGCUUUCGGGGCUAGAGCAUUGCCACAAAAAUGGUGUUUUGCAUCGUGAUAUCAAGGGUUCUAAUCUUCUUAUAGACAAUGAAGGCAUUUUAAAAAUUGCAGAUUUUGGACUGGCUACCACUUAUGACCCUGGCCAGAAGAAGCCCCUGACUAGUCGUGUAGUCACUCUCUGGUACCGUCCACCCGAACUACUUAUUGGAGCAACCUAUUACGGAGUUGGUGUUGACUUGUGGAGUGCUGGCUGCAUUCUAGCAGAGUUACUUUCAGGGAAGCCUAUAAUGCCAGGAAGGACAGAGGUUGAACAACUGCGCAAGAUAUUCAAGUUAUGUGGAUCCCCUUCUGAGGAAUAUUGGAAGAAAUCCAAAUUGGCAAAUGCAACACUCUUUAAGCCGCAGCACCCAUACAAAUGCUGUAUAGCAGAAACUUUCAAGGAUUUUCCAUCUUCUUUAUCUUUAAUUGAAACUCUUCUUUCAAUAGACCCUGAAGAGCGGAGUACUGCCACUGCAGCUCUUAAUGGUGAAUUCUUUAAGACUGAACCGUUCGCUUGUGAGCCAUCAACUUUACCAAAAUAUCCUCCCUGUAAAGAAAUUGAUGCAAAAUUGAGAGAUGCAGAAGCAAGACAAAGAAGCCUAGCAGCCAAAGUCAAUGCGGUUGAUGGUACCAGGAGAAUUAAAGUUCAUAAGCGUCCAACUCGGGCAGUUCCAGCUCCUGAAGCAAAUGCAGAGACUCAAGCCAACCUAGAUAAAUGGAGGGUGAUGACACAAACAAAUGCCAAGAGCAAGAGUGAGAAAUUCCCACCUCCCCAUCAAGAUGGUGCUGUUGGACAUCCGGUUGAUGCCUCAAACAAAGGGCCUGUAUCUUUCGGUGCAAAAGACACCUCUUUCAGCUCAUCAAUUUUCAACUCCAAAUCAUCCGGAUCUGCCAAAAGAUCCACACAUGCUGGCGGUCCUUCUAGAAGGAAAACAAAUAGAGACUCCCAGAGUGGUCGGUAUCAAAAGUCGAUGCUCGGUUUCAAACCAUCCUCGAUAGGUAUAUCCAUGGAUAUGCUAUUUAAAGGUAAAUCCAAGGCUUUUGGGAGCCAGAAUUAGAUUAGUAUUACAAGUUUAUAAAUGUUGUUUUUGUUCAUUUCCCAAGAGGCAUUCAUUGAGUAUGCUUUUUCCUCAA